AUGAACUCUCCUCGAUUGAAUCAUGUCGCUUCUGUAGAGAUCGUCAACAAGAGUCACUUCAUCGUACCAAAUCGUCGUGUUAAUGGCUUCAUUGGUCGUGAAGAUAUUCUAGACAAAAUAGAAAAAGGAUUGUCUUCUGAAUCUCAAUCCCGUGUUGUUGUGCUCCGUGGAUUAGGGGGGCAAGGCAAAACUCAAAUUGCACUUGAUAGACACGCAGAUACUGCCGGUCUUGUCGGAUCAGAUCAUCAUAUUAAGCUACCUGGACUCCCAAAAGAUGAUGCUUGUGAUCUUCUCAUAAGACAAAGCCGAGGAGGUGAUGCAGCAUCGCGCGACGACGCAUACACUAUCGUUGAUCGUCUAGGGUACCAUGCACUAGCCAUUACACAGGCCGGAUCAUAUAUCCAAACCCAGAAGAUUGAAUUAUCUCAAUUUAUGGACAACUACAACCACCGACGAGAAGCAAUUUUAAGGGUAACUCCACGCAUGUCACAAUACCGGCGUAAAGUUGGAAAAGCUGCAAAUGAAACAGCAUUGAAUGUCUUUACAACCUGGGAACCCUCCUACCAACAGCUAGAAAAGCUUGAUGAUGAGAAUAAGCAUAAGUCGGUAAUCAAUGCCACCUAUCUCUACAUCCUUUAG